AUGCGUUUUUCUUCCUCGAUUGCCCUGUUGGGCGUUGCCUUGCCACAGGCUUUGGCUCUGUGCCCAUAUGCAGAGCAGAUAAACGUUGAAAAGAAGAGCACGCCUCCUCCGUCGCAUAUGAACUUACCGCGCAAGGCAUCAUCUUCGUCCAACAAGAAGGGCAUCUUUUAUAUGAACCGCAUUGCUCCUGGAACAUCAGAGCUGUACAUUGCCAACACUGAUGGCACCGAUGAACGUCCUCUUCUGUCCAAUCCUAUCUUCGAAUACCAUGCCGACUUUUCCCCUAAUGGAGAAUGGAUCACCUUUACCGGUGAACGGAAUGGUGACGGCAAUUCGGAUCUCUACCGCGUCCGAACUGACGGGUCUGGCCUUCAGGAGUUGAUAGCAACCUCCUCGAUGGAAGACGGAGCUGUCAUUUCUCCGAAUGGAAAGCAAAUCGCCUAUGUGUCCACUGCCAAUGGCUACAAGGCCAACAUCUGGGUCAUGGAUCUGGAGACUGGCAAGAAAUGGAAUCUCACAGAUACUGCCUCGACCGCUGCCGAUGACUCUGUUCCCAACGGCUACUUCCGCCCUUCGUGGUCGCCCGACGGCCAAUGGAUUGCUUUCUCGUCGGACCGUAACACUGACUGGUACGGACACGGAGAGCCGAUCUUCCAAGGUGUCAGCGGCUGGGAACAUACACAGGAGCUGUCUAUCUACGCCAUCCGCCCCAAUGGAUCUGAUUUCCGUCUCGUCACAUCGAAGCCCGAAUACUGUCUUGGUUCGCCCAAAUGGUCACCUAAUGGUGAGCGUAUUCUCUUCUACGAGAUCACUCGCGAGGACACCUGGAACGCCCACCGUCCUGAAUCACUGAACUCCGCCAGCUCCACCAUUGUCUCGGUGGACUUUGCUACAGGCACUGACCGCCGCGUGGAAGUCGAUGGAAAGGGUGUGAAGAGCUUCGCUCAAUACAUUUCUGAUACCACUAUCGCCUACUCCGUCAAGGGUGCCGGUAUCGAAGGACUCUACACCACUGCUGGUGGAUUUGUGAACACCUCUACCGAGAUGAUUCGCUCUCCUGCCUGGUCUCCAGAUGGCAAGAAGGUCGUCUACGAAAAGACCGUCUGGAAUAUCCGUCCUAUGGAUAAGCAGCUGUACAGCUGGGACUCGGAGUGGGAAUACCGCCACACAGACGUCUUCCCGCAGCUGUCCAACACCAACACCAUCGCCCUGACCGAGAAGCAGCUUGGAAACUCUUCCAUUGUUUCCUUCAACGCCAAUGGAACCAACGAGGGUCUGAUCUACAAUGCCAUGGAAUCCGGCUUUGUUGAUGGAUCUUCAGUCGGCAGGGGCACUGCAGGCGCCUUUAACCCCGCCUGGUCGCCCGAUAGCAAAUGGGUCAGCUUCGGAGUAGGCUUCUGGUUCCAAGGCCGUGCAACUGGCGGCGGCUGGCUUGUACGAGCCACUGCCAACGGCACGUACUCCGAAAUUCUGACCGAGAGCCAACCGACCCUCGAGAGCAACAGCAGCGUCAUUAACUCCGGCUUCCCCAGCUACUCGCACGAUGGAAAGAAGCUUGUGUACCGUGUGUGGGGAGCAAACUCGACUCUUGGCGACAAGUCCCAGACCGGACUCCGUCUUCUGGACCUGGAAACUCGCAAGAUCUCCGUCUUGACCAACGAGUGGGAUAAUCUCCCUGCCUUCUCUCCCGAUGGAAAGAGAAUCGUUUUCACCCGCAAGACCAGUGAUUACAACUACGAUGUUUGCACUAUGAAGCCCGAUGGAACUGAUGUCAAGGUCCUGACCAGCAGUGGUGCCAAUGAUGCUCAUGCGGUCUGGACUUGGGACGGUCGCAUUGCCUUCUCUUCUGGCAUGUUCGGCUUCCAGUAUGAGUGCGCGCUCUAUGACAUGACCUUCCAGCCUUAUGGCCAGAUCAUUGUUAUGAAUGCUGAUGGCUCGAAUAAGCGUGUGCUUACUGAUUCUAUCUGGGAGGAUUCCAUGCCUCUCUACGUACCCAACAGUGCCCUCAAGGGUGACAACAAGGGCCACUAG